GCGCUGGAUGUGUACUCGAGAAACUCUAUAAAUCCGAUCCUGGAGAAACUCCAGUGGACAUGAGAAGGUAUUCAGAAACCGUGAGUUGAUCAGAACUUCAGAAGCAAUGAGUUACCUGCUCAAGACCAAGAGGGAGAGGGAACCAACCCUGCAGGAACAUGCCUCGGAAGAACAAGCAAAGAUAAAUAAGGUACAGGAAUUUCUGGGUGAGCUGCCGACAGAGAUGCCGGACUUCUUGUCGGACGCCACCAUCCGCCGCUUCCUCCAUGCAAGAAAUUGGAGCGUGGUUCAGGCCACCAAGUCUCUGAAAGAAGCUGUUAAAUGGAGGCGUCAGUACAAGCCAGAAAAAAUCUGUUGGGAAGACAUUGCUGAACGGGAGAAUGAGGUGAAGAGGGCGUAUAUAACUGACUACCUUGACAAAAAUGGGCGUACUGUGUUGGUAGCACGGCCGUCAGUAAAGAGCAUAACUUCAGCGAAGGAACAGAUCAAACAACUAGUGUACAACCUGGAAAAUUUGACCAUGAGCUCAGAGAAUAAUGCACCAGAAAAUGUUGUUUGGGUAAUGGACUUCCAAGGAUGGACACUAUCAAGUACGCCAUGGGCAAUAGCCCGUCAAUCUCUGGACAUAAUUCAGAACUAUUAUCCGGGGUUGGUAGCUGUUGCAAUUCUUUGCAACCCACCAAAGAUAUUCGAAUCUUUUUGGAAGAUAAUGAGUUACUUCAUCGAGCCCGAACUGAAAGAUAAAGUGAGAUUUGUGUACUCUAACAACUCUGAGAGCCUGAGAAUAAUGACUGACAUGUUUGACCCAGACAAGUUAGAGUCUGCAUUUGGCGGACGAAAUACGUGGGGCAUCGACAUUGUCGAGUAUUCUGAGAGAAUGCGAAGAAGAGAUCAGGUCAGGGGAGCUUCGACAAAUGCAAAUGGAAAUGCCAUUUCUACCUGACCAUAGCAGGAUUCAUCUUGCUAAGUGUAUAUGAACUCCACUGUAACCAGCAAAGACGACAUACGGAGAAGGGAUUAGAGCCUUAUAUUACUUCAUAAGCUGAGCACUGAACACAAGUGUUCUCAUAAAUUAAUAAGCUCGAUCGCCAUAAAAGGAUAGGAGGUUAAUCAUUAUGUUAUAGAUACCAGAAUGACUGAGAUGUAAAGCAGAUUAGAUCAUGAGGUCCUAUAGAAUCAGAUGCCAUGUGGAUUCAUGAGUCACUGUAUUGUAGUAGGUGAUAUGAUGUCGAUAUAAGGCUAGUACAUAAAACUGGAGGUGGAAGAGAGACUAGGUGACAUGUAUGGAAAUGAUGGUGAAAUGCGGUAACAAAUCAUGAACAAGGAGGCGAGCUAAUAUGGAUUUAAGUGAGAAAUACAUGCUUUAAAAAGUGUUCAGGAUGGUUCAGGGGAACCAGGAUUUGAAAAAGAUAUGGAUCAUCUGGAGGUGCAAACGGCAUGGUUACGAAAUAUUUUUCUUCCUAUAUGGAAUCAUCAUUACAUUGUAGAUUUGUAAAGAUCCCUAUAACUUUCA